GAUCUUUAUAAAUAAGAUUAAUCAAAUUAGUAAAUAUACAGCAAAAAUAAUAUUUCUACUUCUAGAGGAGCAGCCUUACGUUAUGAAAAUGAGGAUUUUGAUCAUGUACAAUUAUCAAUAAAUCCUAGAAUAAUAUAUUUAAGAAAAUUAUAUUUAGCAAUAUCAAUUCAGCUAACUUUAAUUGGAAUUUUUUCUUUUUUAUGCCAUUAAUAUUAAGAACUAGAAACUCACUUAAAGCAAAACUACAUAUAUUUUUGGAUUUGUAUAGGAGGAACAAUAGCAAUAGGAGUAUUUGGUUUAUGUUUUAGAAAAUAAAUAAGAAUUUUUCCUUUUAAUGUUGUUUGUAUGUUAUUAUGGACCUUAUGCUUUGGUAUGACUCUUAUAUAUAUACUUUCUUUAGGCAAUACUAUUGUUGGAUUAAUGGCUUUUAUUUUACUUUCGAGCCUUGUACUUAGCUAAUUUUUUUAUUCACUUACCGUUAGAUAUGAACUAACUUACUAAGGGUCUUCGGUAUUUAUUUUCGGUGCUCAACUUAUUGUAUUUCAUAUUUUUACUGUUUUAAGUAAUAUUUCUUUUUUUUAUAUGCUUUUUGUUUAUUUUUUGGGAUUUGUUUUUGCAUUUUAUUUAAUUUUUGAUACUUAGUCUAGAAUUACAGGACCUGAUUAUGAUUUUAGUAAAGAAGAAUGGAUUUCUGGAACAGUUUUAGUUUAUAUUGAUGUGAUGAUUUUAAUUACUCGUAUAGGGGAUUUAUUAAGAAAUAUGCUUACAAAAAAAUAAGAUUGAUAUUAUU